AUGGCAGAAAGCUCCUCUCAAAUUUAUUCUAAAGCUAAAGUGGGUACAAAAUUUUCUGACUUGGCAAGAAAACCAUCCGGUAGAAUUAAUGAAUUAAGGCACAUGUCCGAUUCUGACGAAUUCACAGCUACCAUUAUGAACGACCUACUGACUUCAAAUCUUUCAGAAACGAAUGAAAACAUGGAAAACGGAAACCCCGCCGAAGAACCUGCAAAAGAUGAAAACGUCACAGCAAACUUAUCGACAGAAAGUGUCCGGGAUGAGGAGCCGCAACAACCACUUCCCAUAUCUGGCGGACAUUUAUUUCAAGCAAGACCAAAUUUGAAAAAUCUUAUUCACCCUCCUGAUAAGAAGCAACGAAUAAUUUCUAGAAAACUAACCAGUCCGGAGUAUGAUUCUGACUUACCAUUCCUCAAAGAGAUCGAACUUGCAAGUGAAAGAUCAAGGGAAGUAGACAUUGAUGAGAACGAUGAAAGAACAUUACCGGAUAAAGCGAAUGAAUCAAUAGAUGGCAGCACAAUUAACAUGACAAAGAUUGACAACGGUUUGGCGUCUCUGAAACUGAGCGAUAGUAAACACGACUCCAAAUCUUUCACUGAAGAUCAAAUAAAAAGCGAAAAAGAUGUUGAAACAAAAAAUGAUAUGAGCGAAAUGAAGAUGUCGUUAGAUAGGGACAGCAACUCAAAGCAAGACAACACAAGUAGUUUGGCUAAAAAUGUAAAUGUAAAAAAUUUCAAACCUCAGCAGCUAACCAAUCCAGAUCACGAUUUUCAACUACUCAACGGCGAAAGAAUCACAAUUAAAAAAAGUGCGGAAGCAAAAACUGACAAUCGUAAAAUUAAAUCAGUAUUAGUGGCAAAAAAUAAAGCAAAUAACGAUGACUGCACGUAUAACUUGACUGAUAAAGAAACAGACCUUGAAUUUACUGUGGACUUGCCAAGAGAUCCAGAAGAAGCGGAAGAAAUAAGAAGAAUGUUUGAUCAAUAUAUUAGAGUCGCUAAAAAAAAGAUCAAUAAUUCGUCGCCCAGGAAAUUAUAUUCAGCAGACGAGAUGGGACAACUUCCGGCCAGUGAAAGGCAGGCGUUGAACGAAGACGCCUAUAUCAAUUGGACCGACAGGAAAAAUAAAGAAAGAACAGUAAACUCCAAGUUGAAUGCAAGGCAGCAGAAACUUGAAGAAAAAAAAUGCUUGGUUCACAAAGUUAAGCUAUCUUCCAAGUUGGUAGUUGCAGAGUAUAUAAAAUUGAAAUCUCUGGAAUCCGUGAAGACUAAGACUUGGGAGCAAAAAUGUUAUGAAAACCACCAACAGUGGUUGGACAAUUGCUUCAAAAGGAGAUUCAAGAUAGAAAGUUUCGUGUGGCCUGUCGGAGAAUCGUUGGAUUAA